CCCCAAACUUUCCCACAGCGUUUCUCCCAGCAAGUAACUCAAUUGCACCCCCCCACAACCCCACAUCCAACUUUCCUCCCAGAAAACGCUUCAGCCAUGUCCGACCUCGAUCCCCAAGGCUCGUCCCAACCUACUUCAAACGAAGCGUACACCACACCCGGCAACCCUGCAGGCAAAGACCCAGUCGAGAAACGGCAGGCGGCGCAGAAUGCGCGCUCGAACCCGGGCUCUGAUGACGUUGAGCAUGUGCGGUCGCAGGGCCACUCGCAGGAGGAAGGGACGUUCUCGUCGCUCGGUCGCGGGGUGCGUGGUGGUGGAGACGGAGAAGUAGGGAAGACGGAGGAGCAAGUGGGGAGGCACAAUGAGCUGGAUGCCGAGCAGAUGGCUGUGCCGGGCGAAGGGAGGAUCAGGGAUGCUGUGGCUGGGAAUUCUACGUUCCAGGGGAGGAGUGGAGAGCAGGAAGACCUUGCUUCGGAUUUGGAUAGGAAGAAGGCUGAGCAAGCACCGCUUCGUGGGGAGAUCAAGGAGGAUAGGGCGAAGGGGAUUGAUGUGGGCGGUAUCCUGGGUCAGUCUGGUGGUCCUGCCAGCACUGUGGACUAGGUUGGAUAUGUGAGAACUUCAAUCUAAGAGUCGGCCUUUUCUCUUCUGGAAGAAUGAAUUUGACUACACGGAAAAUGGCACUCAGACUUCGACUUGACCUUGUGUAUUAGUAGUACAGUACCAACACCUCCAUAAGCUUCUCUAGGUUGGGAUCUUGAAUCUGUAUUGGCAUUCUGUCUGUGCCUCGAUUGAACGCCCG